AUGGAUAUGGCGGUGAUUAGUCCAGCUACACGUAUCGCGCCGCCUCUAAACCGGCUUUUUCUCCACCGAUCGACACUCGCUUCGCUUCAUUGCGCUUCUAGGAAUUUCCUCUUCCUCAGAAAUCCCUCUCCGACUUCGACGAUCGUCGCCGUACGGUGCCAGAAACCUAUCUCCGACGGGGUUAGCUCUAUGGAAUCCACGAAUCAUGUCUCUUCUGUUUCUUCUUCGAUCGAUUUUCUAACCUUGUGUCAUCGGCUCAAGACAACAAAGAGAAAAGGGUGGAUUAAUCAGGGGAUAAAUGGACCUGAAUCAAUUGCUGAUCACAUGUACCGUAUGGCUCUAAUGGCACUCAUAGCUGGUGAUCUUACAGGAGUUGACAGAGAAAGGUGUAUAAAAAUGGCAAUUGUGCAUGACAUCGCUGAAGCUAUUGUUGGAGAUAUUACCCCAUCUGAUGGUGUGCCUAAGGAAGAAAAGAGUAGGAGAGAGAAAGAGGCUUUAAAGGAGAUGUGCAAAGUUCUGGGUGGAGGCCUGAGAGCUGAAGAGAUCACAGAACUUUGGCUGGAGUAUGAGAACAAUGCUUCUUUAGAGGCAAAUCUGGUAAAAGACUUUGAUAAGGUUGAGAUGAUUCUCCAAGCUCUAGAAUAUGAAUCAGAACAUGGGAAAGUGCUUGACGAGUUUUUCAUAUCAACAGCAGGAAAGUUCCAAACCGAGAUCGGAAAGAGCUGGGCUGCUGAGAUCAACGCGAGGAGAAAAUGUCAAUUGACAAACAGACAGAAAUAG